AUGGCUUCCCAAGAGAAUCCAGCCUCGGCCCCAACCCUUGAAAAGCUGCUCUGCCUAACCAUCUGCGGCUACAGAAAGGCCGGAAUGAGUGAAGAGGACUAUCGGCACCACAUGACACAGAUCUCGGCGCCCAUGUCAAAAGAUUUGAUGGUCAAAUACGGAAUAGUGCGCUGGACACAGAUCCACAAUACCAGCGCCACCCGAGCCCUGAUGGGAGAAAUCUUCGACCCCCAAUUUGCAAAUGUGACAGACUAUGAUUGCUUUAGCCAGGCAGUCUUUCGGGAUAUUGAAGACUAUAAGCGGAUGAAGCAGGAUCCCUGGUACAAGGAGCAUCUGGUUGGCGACCAUGAAAAUUUUGCUGAUACGAAGAGGAGCCAGUAUGUUUGA